AUGCCACAGAGACCACAGAGACGACAACGACGUACCAUGGACGACUUCUCCAUCAUGGCUUCACCAAAGAUCGAGUCCACUAUACACAUAUGGACCGAGAGAGGCUGCGAUUGGAAACGGUACCAUACAGAAAUUUUGCCAUGGCGAUCGAUUGCCAUGACGUACCAGUACACCAAAAACACCCUCGUGACUCUAUCAACGACGGCUUACGAAGUGAUACCGACCAAUAAAUCACAGGAACAUCAUGGAUUUCUUUUGCGGGUCGGGAUUGGUGGCAUUGACCCGAAUACGUUUCCAUGGCUGUGGAUUGGGAUCGAUCCUGUGGCAGAUCCUAUUCUCAAGUGGUGUGUCGAUUUCCAAAGUCAAUGCCAACGGAAACUACCAUGUCAAACUCUUCUGCUUGCUGGUGGAGGCCCUUACAUCCAACGACACCAAGGACGAGCUACUAGAGGAACCUACGGAGUCACCACCAAUUUGCCCUUGAUUCACGACGAGGACGACAAUAACACGAAGAGUUCCGAAAGCGUCGCAGUGCCGAAAACACCACAAUCGUACAGGAAGGAUUAG